UUAAACAGCCAUAUGCUUAUUCACACAGGAGAGAUACCUCAUGUGUGUCAAGUAUGUAUGAAGUCAUUUAGUCUAAAGUCUACUUUAAACUCCCAUAUGCUUAUUCACACAGGAGAGAAACCUCAUGUGUGUGAAGUAUGUAAGAAGGCCUUUAGUCAGAAGUCUCAUCUAAGCAGGCAUAUGCUUAUUCACACAGGAGAGAAACCUCAUGUGUGUGAAGUAUGUAAGAAGUCAUUUAAGCGGAAGGAUCAAUUAAACGAGCAUAUGCUUAGUCACACAGGAGAGAAACCUCAUGUGUGUGAAGUAUGUAAGAAGUCAUUUAAACGGAAGGAUAAAUUAAACGAGCAUAUGCUUAGUCACACAGGAGAGAAACCUCAUGUGUGUGAAGUAUGUAAGAAAUCCUUUAGUCAGAAGUCUACUUUAAACAGCCAUAUGCUUAUUCACACAGGAGAGAUACCUCAUGUGUGUCAAGUAUGUAUGAAGUCAUUUAGUCUAAAGUCUACUUUAAACUCCCAUAUGCUUAUUCACACAGGAGAGAAACCUCAUGUGUGUGAAGUAUGUAAGAAGGCCUUUAGUCAGAAGUCUCAUCUAAGCAGGCAUAUGCUUAUUCACACAGGAGAGAGAAAACCUCAUGUGUGUGAAGUAUGUAAGAAGUCAUUUAAACGGAAGGAUCAAUUAAACGAGCAUAUGCUUAGUCACACAGGAGAGAAACCUCAUGUGUGUGAAGUAUGUAAGAAAUCCUUUAGUCAGAAGUCUACUUUAAACAGCCAUAUGCUUAUUCACACAGGAGAGAUACCUCAUGUGUGUCAAGUAUGUAUGAAGUCAUUUAGUCUAAAGUCUACUUUAAACUCCCAUAUGCUUAUUCACACAGGAGAGAAACCUCAUGUGUGUGAAGUAUGUAAGAAGGCCUUUAGUCAGAAGUCUCAUCUAAGCAGGCAUAUGCUUAUUCACACAGGAGAGAAACCUCAUGUGUGUGAAGUAUGUAAGAAGUCAUUUAAGUGGAAGGAUCAAUUAAACGAGCAUAUGCUUAGUCACACAGGAGAGAAACCUCAUGUGUGUGAAGUAUGUAAGAAAUCCUUUAGUCAGAAGUCUACUUUAAACAGCCAUAUGCUUAUUCACACAGGAGAGAUACCUCAUGUGUGUCAAGUAUGUAUGAAGUCAUUUAGUCUAAAGUCUACUUUAAACUCCCAUAUGAGAGAUACCUCAUGUGUGUCAAGUAUGUAUGAAGUCAUUUAG